AUGCAAACAUGUUUUGAUUUUUCUAACUGUGGAAGUGAUCCAAAAGUUUAUGUAUAUCCUACCGAUGGGCCAGUUAGUGCUACUUAUCGUAAAGUUCUGUCAGUCGUACGUGAAUCAAGAUAUGCAACACAUGAUCCGACUGAAGCUUGUCUCUUUAUACCAGCAGUAGACACAUUAGAUGCAGAUCCUUUAUCUCCUGAACACAUUUCAGAUGUUGGUUCCAGACUAUCACAUCUUCCAUAUUGGAAAAAUGGUAGAAACCAUUUAAUUUUUAAUUUAUAUGCUGGAACUUGGCCUGAUUAUGCAGAGGGGGCAUUAGGUUUUGACCCAGGAGAAGCUAUAAUUGCUAGAGCAAGUGCAUCUGAAAGUAUUUUCCGAGAUGGUUUUGAUAUUUCACUUCCUUUAUUUCAUAAAGAACAUCCAGAGCGCGGAGGUAUCCCUCCUGCAGCAACAGGCAAUCCUUUUCCAGCACCUCGUAAACAUUUACUGGCUUUCAAAGGAAAACGCUAUGUGCAUGGUAUUGGUAGUGAAACUAGAAAUUCUUUAUGGCAUUUACAUGAUGGAAAUAAUCUGAUAUUAGUUACGACCUGUAGACAUGGUAAAUCUUGGAAGGAUUUGAGGGAUGAGAGAUGUGAUGAGGAUAACAAAGAAUAUGAUAAAUUUGAUUAUGAGCAACUUUUGGCAAACUCAACUUUUUGUCUUGUUGCUCGAGGGAGACGUCUUGGAUCCUAUCGUUUCUUAGAGGCCUUAGCUGCUGGCUGUGUCCCAGUGUUGCUCAGUAAUGGCUGGAGAUUACCUUUUGAUGAAAGAAUAGACUGGCGCCGUGCAGUAAUAUGGGCUGAUGAAAGGCUUUUACUACAGGUUCCAGAACUAGUACGAUCUGUUCCUCCUGAGCGUGUUCUUGCUUUGAGGCAACAGACUCAGCUGUUGUGGGAACAAUAUUUUUCAUCAAUUGAGAAGAUAGUUUUUACAACAAUUGAGAUAAUACUCGAGCGCAUCACGGCUCACAGAUCAUCUCGGCAACGUGAAGCGCUCAUAUGGAAUGCAUCCCCGGGUGCUUUGGGGACACUCGCCUCGUACGGCGACUCGCGCGCCCACCUGCCCGUGGCCGCGCCGGCGCCGCCCGCGCCGCCCGCGCCCCCGCGCCGCCCCCCGUCCCUCUGCCCGCGCCCUCCAUCCCCCUCACCGCCCCUCCUCCCACACCGGGAGAUAACUAGUAGUCAAUUUUGUGAAAAGGUCGUAUUGGUGUGGGAUAGCGAGCGCGCUGCGCCGUCCUUGAAGUCGCUCGCAAGGAUAGCUGGAGAUCAACGAGACCCUCUUCCGGUGAUGGUGAUAGAUGCAACCACUCACUAUCCAGGGGAAGGAGUAUCGGCGCGUUGGCAGCCAUUGUGGGCUAUCCCUACAGCAGCGGUGUUUUCCUUAGACGGCGACGCGCCCCUGCUAGCAGAAGAGUUGGAUUUCGCUUUCCGAGUGUGGCAACAUUUCCCCGAACGAAUUGUCGGUUAUCCAGCACGUAACCAUUUCUGGGAUGAAUCUAAGAGCGCGUGGGGGUACAGCAGCAAGUGGGGGGGCUCCUACUCGAUGGUGCUGCCGAGCGCGGCGCUGGCGCACCGCGCGCUGCUGGCGCAGUACGCGGCCGCGGCGCCGGCGCUGCGCCUGGCGGUGCGGCGCGCGCGCAACUGCGAGGACAUCCUGCUCAACUGCGUGGCGGCGCACCUGGCGCGCCGCCCGCCGCUCAAGCUCGCGCAGCGCCGCCGCUACAAGCCGCAGCACCACAGAUCUUCAUGGAGCGACCCGGAACAUUUUGUCCAGCGACAGUCGUGCCUCAACACGUUCGCGGCGGCGUGGGGCUACAUGCCGCUGGUGCGCUCCGUGCUACGCCUCGACCCCGUUUUAUUUAAAGAUCCAGUCUCUACUCUAAGAAAAAAAUAUAGAAAAAUGGAAUUAGUUACGUCG